CUGUUGUGCUCUCCGUAUUCGUAUUUUACUUUUUCCCCUACCCCAGGCUGCCUUGACGAGUUACGCCCGCGAUGUCCUCUAGUGACUCCGUCGGGGGUCGUCGACAUUGAGAAGUUGUGGCAGGUGUACUGGAAUAUUUUGGUCGUGUCGGCACCCCUUCAUCAAUUGCUUACGACUGCCUUUAGUGAUUUCGCGGUGAGUCCCUAUCAUCCGUGACUAAAAUGACUGCAUAACACAUUUUGCUACUUGUUUUUGUCAGUAGCUGUGUGAACAUCACACUCGGUUUCUGGCAGAUAAGAAACUGCCUACCCCCUAUACGCCGAAGAAACCGGAUGUUUUUUUCUGCAUUACCCCCUCAUUCAAAUUCACCACAGAUGCUGUUUUGUUUGACUCGGUUCACUGUAAAUUCAGCCGAAAGAUCAUUCAAGGGAUCUUUGACAGUCGUUACCAUAGGUUACUUUUUCCUGGGCGUCCUUUUCUCAUGCUUGCACUGCCUAACUGCGCUGGAUGAUAAAAGUGCUUCAAAGCCCUCGAUGAAGCUCCGCUUUGCAGGACAAAGUUGUUCUGAGAAAAGUUGAACAAACCAUUUUAAACAAAUCAUAUUGACCAUAACAGCCAAACAUAAAGUGGUAGCCACGACUCAGUCAAUAAACGAACACAGUGCGUUCAGACGAUACAGUUAAAUUGAUCUUUUUUCAAUCGUUUUUCUGCCUCAUCGGUCUACUGCAAUAAGAUUUCGGGGCCUGGUCUUUUCGUUCUGUUGCCCGUGGUCUUUACGGCGAAUUUCCUCUCCGGAGUUGGGAGAGUUUUGCCGGCCGAUAAAGUGGCAAGGCUAGAACUGUGAUUUUUGACUUAUUUUCGUCGUCAGACGUCCAGUUCCCCAUCCCUAAGCUGCGCGUCGGAGGUUAAAACCCGACUAAUCUCCUUACCACGUCAGGUCGACUGAAAUCGGGCGUUUGUAGUCACUUCAAAGCAGUGUGUACCGAUGUACCCAAACUGCAGAACGAAAGUUGGGACUUUCGUUUUCCGCCUUGAGGUUGAGGGUCUGCAAACCACACAAGCGGUUGCCUGGCGACUACCAAUCAGUAUUUACCAUCUGGCGACCGAAGGUGGAUCGGAAGUGACCGUUCUCAUGUCGCUGUCUUUUCCGGAAAAACUUCCCCUUUGUCAAUGUCUAGUCGUCUUUCAAUUGCCUGUGUUGGCUGUAGAACUGGAGUUUUACUUUCAGUCCUCCAAUCAGGUUUGAUCGUGCACUCCAUUCCCAGAUGUCUCACAGUUUCCCCAAGUACUGGCGCGAGUAUGAAGAGUGUUAAUCGUCUUGCCUCCGUACUACGCAGGCUCACAGACACCCUAACCGAUCGCCACACCAUGAACCCAUCAUUUCAUGACGAUAAAUCACGCUAUCUGCCAUCUAUGUGAGCCUUAUACCCGCCAUUACAAACAUUAUUCAUCCUCACCCUUCUCACCCUUGCCUCCUCGUUGACGAUGUGUGCUUCUAAGUAGUCCUGGAAAUCGGGAGUAGCACUCAGUCUUAUCAAUAGAAAGAUGGGCGAACGCCCUUAAACCCCCGAUUGUUUACGGAAAUGUUGAAGAAAAAUAAGCACUAAUAAGUGAAAAACGUUGAAAGGGGAUUUAAAACUUUAUUGCAUGCAGUAUGCAAGCGGCCGUUCGUACGUUGUAAAAAUAUCAAAAUAAACGCCUACUUGCUUAUUUAAAGUAGUAUUAUCAUACACAACUCUGGUAACACCUUGUUAAUGUGUGCGGAUGCGUGUGGCCUGCUGCGCUACGCAUUCUACGUAAACGUCAUUUUACAUUUUUACUCUUCUUUCAGGUCACCACGGCUACCAGCUCAACACUCAAAUUUGCUACUGUCGUGUGGCUAGUGAGGACACAGUUUCUGGGGGUACGUUGCCCAUAUCCCUAUUAGAAUCAAGCUGCUGUCAUUUUGAUCACCCUGGCUUAUCUAGUGUCAGGUUUUGUUUUCUGUCCCUACUCCUAGGACUCGACCCCAAAUGAAUCCUCCUCGCGCCAAGCUCUGCUAAGCAUUCUCAAACUCACACAUACUUGGGGACCCAGUAUUGAUGUGGAGCGCUCUCUGUGGCUGUACUUCAGUCGCAAACUGGUACAACUGUUAUUUGUGCCUUUUUAUUGGCCUCCCUGCCUAAAAAGUCGCAGGCAUAGAAGAACCGUUUUGAGUUGUAUGAGGGACUAUCACACAUAUUUUUGCCAGUUUCACGAGGGAAGCACAUUAAUUUGCAAAAGGAACUUUCACGGAUUCAUUCCCGCCCUUUCAUGACAUCAACUGACCCUACUGUUUUUAUUUAAACACAGGACUCGAAAAUGGACCUCGAUAGAGACUCCUACGAUGCUGAAAGGUCAGGUGGUAAUGCCACCCCCCUCACCCCCUACCUAAUUUUUUUCUCCUGUCUGGAUAGUAUAAUUACUGCAUCGCAGCCCUUAAGCAUGAGUUAAAUUCUCUAUAUCCCGAAAUCGGUCCCAUUAAUGCCUUUUAUUGGAUACUAGUCACGAUUAUAAGUAUCUCAUUUUUGGUGUUCCUUUUAGCUAUGCUACCAAGCUCCAGGCAAUCAGACUUCCCGAAGUGCAUGCGUAAGUCUGUGUGCUUCUUUUUCUAAGCCCGUCUGUUCAGCCGAUGGUUUGUAACUUCGUCCUUAUACUCUGAUCCAUUGUUUCAUGGUAUGUGUUCUGUCCUCAAAGCUUGAAAUGGUGGCCAAUUGUCUGUGCUUUAUCAGGAUGAAAUACAGUUUCCCGAUAUCAUCUUUAUAAAAAAAUAUCAUCAGCAGGCCCAAGACAGUGGUAGAAUUGACCGCUGUGAGUACUAUUGUCGAACUUUAAAUUGCACCAGGUUGUACAGUAAUACCGUAAGCUUAAUACGGACCUGUCGGCGUAUUAAAAUAAGGGGUUGCUGCAUAUUAUAUAUGUAUAUAUCGGAGGGAGGACGGCAGAGUACUAGAGUAUAUUAAUGCAUAACUGUUCCAGGCUCGUUUGCCUUCAUUCAGCCAAUUAUAACCCUGACCACCAGCUGAGACCAGAAACACAAACAUGCGCUCAGACGCACCUGGCGCAGCUGGCCCACCACUGGGGUCUACCAGAUGGGUCAUCGGCGCUUCCUCGAACCGAAGUUCACCAGCGCCUCGCCACCUGCCAUUCCCUGUCGCUGCAGAUCGGGUAUUUAUUCAUUGAGGAAUGGGCGCACACCGAUCCACUGGCUUCCCGAAACAAAUAAGCUUCGUAUGGGUGAUAGGGGUCACGAACAGGCAACCACCUACCAGGCCGAAGUCGACCAAGCUAUGAUAGCGGAGAGGGGAGACGACACAGUCUGACAGGUAGAUUGACACAGCACUGUUUCGGGCUUGUUUGCCUUCAUUCAGUCAUUUAUAAUCCUCACCACCAGCUGGUACCGGAAACACAAACAUGCGCUCAGACGCACCUGGCGCAGCUGGUCCACCACUGGGGUCUACCAGAUGGGUCAUCGGCACGUCCUCGAACCGAAGUUCAUCAGUACCACUCCACCUGUCAUUCUCUGUCGCAGCAGAUCGGGUUUUUAUUCACCCAGGAAUGGGCGCACACCGAUCCAUUGGCUUCCCGAAGCAAACAGGCUUCGUAUGGGCGAUAGGGGUCACGAACAGGUAACCACCUACCAGGCCGAAGUCGGCCAAGCUAUGAUAGCAGAGAGGGGAGACGACACAGUCUGACAGGUAGAUUGAUACAGCACUGUUUCGGGCUUGUUUGCCUUCAUUCAGACAGUUAUAAUCCUCACCACCAGCUGGCCCGUGGGUCAGACUCUCAAGGGAUUGACAGACUGCCUCACUUGAGCACUCAUUUCCAUUUUAGAGCGCAUUCCGAAUAUUUCGGUCAAUUUUUCGUUAGUUUUAGGGCACACUGGCAAUCUGAUCUAUGAAUAGCUCGGCAUCGUUUAAAUAUGCGCCCUCCCUCAGUGCUUACCAAAUGUCCGACGUGAAUUUUCUGCCUAAUCUAGUUCGUACUUGGAUUUUCUUGCUUUCUGAUCAGUUUAAAACUGGGAAUUGACGGCGAUCCCCUUCUCGCAGCAUAUUUCCGCAGAAAACACUGAAUAUUCGCCUGCAACAUGUGUCCCUUUUAGGUCUGGCACCUACGACCUUUUCUGUCGACUGACGCGCCUGGUUUUUCCUCUCCAUCCGUCAGAAAUGUUUAGCAUGUACGUUUCGCUGACACUUUUUGAUUUUUGCUCUCUCUUUCUCUCUCGCUCUCUCUAUUCUUCUCAUCUUUCCUAAAAACUGGGAACCCUCGAUGCCGGCUGUGGGGAUCCUGAUUCCGCUCCGCGCGGUCUGGUAUCGCAAGCAUUCACCGCCCAUUGUUGAAUUCCCCUCCCAAUGCUGAUUCUCCACUCUCCUUUAUUCCUAUUUUUCGUUAAUUCGUCCUAUUUUGCUCGUUUUUAAUCCUUGCAGUAAUCUUUCUACCGUCUCUUGGCUGACCUAUUCCGCGACCUCUUGCAACCACUAAACGGAAUAGGGUUUUUUCUUCACUAGGACAAUGGACUGAGCCACUUUGCCUGUCUGGGCUCCAUGCAUACUGCAUCGUGAUGUGCAAGGCCUUGUGACUAAAUCACCGCUUUUCAAGAAAAAUAAGAGAACCUUCAAUUUUAACACCAAUUGUAUGGGCUUCCCCGGAGCAUAGGAAAGGAAAACUGGUAGCUACCUGGCGGCAUGCUACUUUUAUUUUGUAGUACACGUAAAACAUUUGAUCGAUUGUUACUUAUUUCCUUACGUAGGAUUAGAGGAUGUACUAAGAUAAGGCGUUCGCUGAUUCCCUCCUCCAACAUAUCCGUAGGAGGUUCGAGUUGAACCGGCUGGAGAUUUGAUCGGACGGUAACGUAGAUGUCCGCUCAAAUUUGUAAAUAUUUUGACCGAUGAAAUUAUUCAUAAACCUAUUCUGCAUGCAAAAAGGACUUUUCCGGAACGGGCUACACGAAUAUAUGAAAUGUGCAACACUUUAGGUGCCUAAAAUUUGUCGUCUCGAUUUUCAUCGUCAGGCUUCGCAAGUCAGAUCACAUACUGUAUUUUAUACCGCACGUCGGGUCAAGCUGAGAUGGGGGGCCAUAUCACCAGUGCUGCAUAAAUACGGCGUCGCGAUGUACCAGGCCUUGUGGUUAGAUCAGCCCUUUUCAAGGAAAAAUAAGGCUCGUGAUUUGAACACUAGUCGCAUGGACUUCUCCGGAGCAUACAGGAGAAAAACUGGUGACCAAGUAACGACGCGCUCCUUUUUUCUGAGGGUUAGUCCGUUGUACGAGCAAAAAAUUCGACAACGGCGACGAAUCUCCUUACGUAGGAGUGAUGAGAUAGCCGCUGAUUCCCUCUCCCGACGUACCGCCAGUGGAAAGACCCGGCCUAAAUGGCUAACCUGACAGGAAGCCAUCGUCUACGCGGCCCAUAACACGGACAAUCCCUCCUCUCUGACAUACUUGGACUACGCACACCCCUUCAUCUAGUAGGAAGGGACACGUAACGCGUUGAUCAGCCUGUCGUGUUCGUGGUCAAAAAUCAUAUGCCGGUGGCACCUCCGCGAUCUGGUUGCAAGACAGGUUGAAUCACAGGUUUCCCAGACCCCCGUUCGGGAUCCAAUUGGCCAACGACUGCGGCUAAACCAGGAGUGACUGUUCCAGUCGUUCGGACACGGGAAUAUAGACGCGUACUACUACGGAGGGCUAAAUUCCAAGAGGUGCCCAUUCCUCUGUCCGCAAACCCUCCCAACCUUAACCCCAACUCCCCCUAGACCCUUAUACUCCUGCCUAACCUUCCAGUCUCCCAUCUCUUUAUCAGUUUGUUUGCUUUACUUCCUUCUUAUAUUGUCAAGUCCAUCCGCCUUUUGCACUCAAUGUUUUAUAUCUUCUUCCAGGUUUCGAACCGCUCUUUCCUCUCUGACGCGUCUCGGCGUUUGCAACUACUUCCUCCUUCUUGGCCACCUCGUCCACUUCAUAUGCAUCAGAGCUUCGCCUCAGACACCGUCGGCAUUAGACGACUUUGUCAGUUCCUCAUUAUCACUCUCAACACCCCCUUUCCUGCCUCCAUGUCAUCCUCCUCAUUCUUACCCAUAUAUUUACAUGUGAAUUCAAUGCAGGUACAAUUUGUCAGCUCCCUUUUCUCUCUUCGCGGCGGCUUGUCGACAAUGCCAGACGGGGCCGAAACAAAGUGGUGGUUGGAUUGGGAAAUCGGCCGUCGCUGUGCCGCUAUCGAGGGGCUGCAGUUGCUCUUGCUGCUGGUCCUUACCACUGCAGUUGAUUUGUGCGGCUUGGAGGGGGCUGUCAAGAAGCUGGUGGACCUGUCGAGUCGUUUUCGGCGAGCACUGCUCACGUAUGUAUGACUGUUUUCAUGGUUACAUCUGCCCCUGACUUUAUUUUGCCUAAUUUAUGGCUAUUGUUGACUUUGCAGAUGCGUACAGAUGUCUCUGGAUGGUCCUCAGACGAAGACGCAGGGCCUCACUCAGUCGGCUUCGACUAGAAAAUUGACCGGUCUAGGAUGGCGCAGUGAACUGAUCUCGCGGUCAUUGGACUUUUGCGAAUGUCUUCUCUGGCCCUCUCCAGACUCUGGCUUGGAGGCUGAUAUCGACCGCGCAUUGGCCUACCUUGGUACGUCGCGAUUAUUACGUAGUCAAGAUGUGUUGCAUUGGAAGAUAAGCUGGAAUUACAUGACCAUUUUUGACUUAGUUUGCCAUCGUUGGACAGUCACGUGAAGGUGGUUUUUUUCGAUCUAGCCCUAUUUCACAGUGAAACACGGGCGUUCCGUCCUUGUCUCGUAUCUCCUGCCUGAAGCCCGUGCAGGCUGUCCGUAUAGCGACUAGUAAUCGUAAUCGAAAAGGUCCAGCAGAGCGAAUCGCUCAUAUUCCGUUCUUCUGUUAGAACUGGUCAGCCGACGUCAUCCGCAGACGAUUUUGACUUGUUACGAACAGCCACCAUGGCAAUGUCUGGCGUCCUUGUUCAAGGUCCCGUUGUUUCAAGGUCAUUCGCUUUCGCAGACAGCGGUUCCAGACGCGCCGACCUGCAGCCACUCGACUAACUUCAACUCGGACGCACAUGAGCCCAUAGCAAAUUGGUGACCCCGACGUGAUAAUUGAGCUCAUUAACGUAUGGAAGCGUUGACUGCGGAGGUGAAUGACCUUGACGCAACGGACUCUCGAACAAUGACGCCGGACAUAGCCAUGAUGACUGUCCGUAACAGACAUCCCAUGUUCCCGAAGGCUUUGGUCCUCUUGAUGUGGGAGAAACGUCAACCCCACACUCUUGUCCAGUUGCAGGUAUCAACGACAUCCAAAAUACGUGAGACUUGUGAAUCAGACAUCAGGAAUAGAAACGAGAAGAAACAGUGGAGGCGCGGGUGUGCUGUAUUUGUCGACAAAAUCAGCACUGUGUAUGUUAACGGCCGCAUAAGCCGCGUCGAUAACGGGUAGUACCAAUAAACGGACAAUUUAUUCAGCCUACUUAAUAGAUUUUAGUAGUAACAAUAAACAGUUGUUUCGACCAGGUGUUUCGACAUUCCAAUCUUGUCAGACUGACCUAUGUACCUUAAGUCUGAUGCGCGGAGAGGUCUUUACAAACUUGUUUGUUUUUCUUUGCUCUCACAGAUUCCAGCGUUCUUGAAGUCAUCCUUUCUGCAGAUAAUCAUGCCAGCACAUCCUUCCUCUUGAAACUUCUAAAGGAACCGGCGUAAGUGGGAAUGUGUAACUUGUAAUUUCGUCAGAAUUUAAUUGCCAAAUUUGAAGUUAAGUCAUCGGAUACGACUUUUUAGGUUCGCCCAUGAAAUUUAUGGGUACUUGAGUUGCAUUCUAUCAACUACUGCCGACUAGCUGUGUAAUCUUCACAGUCUGCCAACGGACAGUUGUUUGAAGUCCUUGGCCUACAAAGAGAAGGGAGACUUGGUGGUCAAUUUUCCCUUAUUAGUCGCUGCCAGCUAGCUAUUUUUGACUCAAGCCGGUAGGACUUUAUGUUUUUAGUCUGAACUAAUUACAUUUUAAUCCGAAUGUCCUACCAGUGAAUCAUGGACCCAUUUGACAUAGGUAUGACCGCUCCUUAUCUCAGUGGUCUCGAUGAUGUCGUGGCUGGUAUAUCUCCACGCCACUGGUGACGAGUGCUGAAAGCUCGACUCGCUCACCAACAACGAAAACCUAAGGUCUAAGAACCACCUCCAUGUUUGCACGGGCUGGCUUGAGCCAGGGCAGCCUCAGUGAAGGUCAUACAACGAACUCAUUUCCUUUCUGCCACGAUAAUUAGUUGCCCAUGUUUCGUACUGCCAGUAGUGCCGCGAUCUGCCAACGUCACUCCUACGUUAUAUAUUAAAAAAAGUGACUUUUCUGGGUACUCUUGUCUUUUGCAUCAAAAUUUAAUCUCAGUCUUUUUCACAACAAUUCAUGCGCCUAAAUACAUCCGAAGUUACAGUGCGUGACCUAUCUCAUGAAAUGUUGGCUGAAAUUCUGAAAUGCGUUUUCGAUUAGGAAGGAUUACUUGGUCGCGGUUGUGAUACUAAUUAUCUUAAGGCAUACUCUUAUAACAUUUACGAUUUGGCAGGAUGUCGGCUUUUAAAUGCACUUCUUUUCAAUUUCCUGUAGAAAACGUGCUCGGUAAAAAUGACUACUUAAGUAUCAUGCAUUUUCCCAUUGAUUUUCGAUGGUCUUAGAAAUUCAAAUAUAUUUUAUAGAAACCACAAACAAAAAUAUGCUUUUUAGGUAUCCAGUAGAAAAUCCCGUCUUCUUUAUAUUUUAUACUUAAGGAAGGAGUAUAAUUAGGUUUUAAAAAAGUUUUCUGAUUGCCGAAAAAUUUGGAGCCUGAUCAUUCGUUGCAUUAGCGCUUAGCGAUUACACUCUACAAGGUGCAUGCGUUCUGCGUAAAUAAAAUCCCAUAUUUUUCUAUGUCAUUAAAGAGAUAUCAUACAGGGUCCAUAAAAUUUUGCAAUGGAUGCGGACCAUGUUGCACAUUUCAUGAGGAGCAGUGGUAAACGGCCAGGCACGAUGCUCUGUGAAUGGACAUAUCGCGGUCUUAAAAAGUCUCAUAAUUAGAAACUUUUUUAAAACCUAAUUAUACUCCUUCCUUAAGUAUGGAAUAUAAAGAAGACGUGAUUCUUUAUUGAUUGACUAAAAGAAAGCACAUUUUUGUUUGUGGUUUCUAUAAAAUAUAUUUGAAUUUCCAAGACCAUCGAAAAUUAAUGGGAAAAAUGCAUGCUACUUAAGUAGUCAUUUUUUACCGAGUACGCUUUCUACAGGAGAUUGAAAAGAAGUGCAUUUAAAAGCUGACAUCCUGCCGACUCCGAAAUGUUAUAAGAGUAUACCGUAAGAUAAUUAGUAUUACAACCGCGACCAAGUAAUCCUUCCUAAUCGAAAACGCAUUUCAGAAUUUCAGCCAACAUUUCAUGAGAUAGGUCACGCACUGUAAGUUGUCGGCCAACUUCAAAUUGCAGUAUGCACGCAACUGCCGAUUUGUACCAUUAUUAUCCAUCGUUAGUCAGUUAGCGAAAUCUCAUGAAGAGUUUUGUUUCUCAUACUGGAUCAACUUCUUUCAGAUUGCAGUCUGCUGAAAACCACCCGGAUCUCUCUGGCAAGUAUUUUUCUCAUUACAAUUAUUGCUUUUAUCACUAUAAGUAGACUUGAUGACCAUGGCAAAUCUGAUGGUGGGAACAGUUGUGGUUUUGGAAGUAAUAGUAUUAGUAGUAGUGACGGUAGUAGUGGUAGUAGGAGCAGCAGUAGCAGUAGCAGUAGCAGUAGCAGUAGUAGUAGUAGUAGUAGUAGUAGUAGUAGUAGUAGUAGUAGUAGUAGUAGUAGCAGUAGUAGUAGUAGUAGUAGUAGUAGUAGUAGUAGUAAAGCGUUCGGUGUUGGUUACACCAGUUGUAGUUGUCACACUGUUGCUGCGUGUUACGGUGAUGACGAGCGCAUCUAGUGUCCGCUUCACUGGCAUGUUGCUCAACUUUCCUCCUGGCCCCUGUGCUGCAGCGUUUUUUGCACAUUAAAACAGUCUGAGAGCACAACGAAGCCUACAGUAGCAUUUCAACAGAGGCGUAUAGAUGCACGUAGUUUGGCACAAAACCGUUUCAGACUUACCCUACCUUCCUUCAGCUAAUUAUAACCGUGACCGCCAUCGGUAACCGGAAACACAAACAUGCGCACGCAUGCCAAGCAGACAUUCCACAAACAGAGGUCUAUCAGCAAGGUCAUAUUGUCUAUUUUGUUCGGCUAAAAUAUGCACAACGCUGGAGCAUUCCUGUUUAGAAGGCGUUGUUAUGCUUGGAGUAGAUUGUGGCACAAAUUCAUCGCGGUGGGGAGUUUGCGGACAGCUCUCUGAGGCCUCUAAAUAAAAUGUCACUCACGUAAACAUCCCAAAAAUCAUCAUGGCUUCAUCCAAGUUUGCAAGUUUCCCCACCUAUUUGCUACUUAUAUUUCUGUGCGCCCACUCCUAGGCCCUUGCAUAACUUGCUUUUUUUCCUUGAAGCCUUUGUGUGGACCAAGCUACACUCAAAGCUCAUUGAGAGCUCCUCCACGUCGCCCUCUUCCUCACUGAACGAUCCCGAUGACGGUGAUGCCGACAGUCUGUCUCAGGACUACGCAGAGAUGGCGUUUCUGUUGACGCUUUUCACCGCGUCUAGCUCGGCGCUCAGGUAGGUUGAACGUCCGAAUGUUCAUCAACAUUAAAAAUAACGAUAAUGUGAUUCCCGGGUAGCAUGAUGGCGGAAAAUGAGGCAAUCACCAGAUUCAGAACGUCCUGAUCCCUAAAUCAGCUAUUGAGGCUCGCUCUAGCACUUAAAGCUCGUAUGCCUUUAGGGUUUUAUGUGGACCGGCUUUCUGUCAUGUAUGUUACCAAUGAUUAAUUUACCCAGAAACACUUUGUCUUCCUCCACUGAUUCAGUUUUCUCGACUCCUCAUAUUAUCAUCAUCGCAUCUUCUCCAUUUUCCUUGUCGUCCUUCACCCUUGUCCUGUCUUGAUAGGAAGCCAGCUGAAUCCCCGAUGAACUUAUACAGUGCUUUUGCCCUCCGUCCGUCGUGCUCCUUCGGGCAAGUUUGUUUUUAAUUUAUUUUUAUUUCGUUACUUCUUAGUGUCCUCGUCUAAAACCGGUAUCUUAGCUUUCCCGUCCAUCUACAUAUUUUCCCGUCCUUUCCCAUUGGUCACUGCGGUUGUAGGCGCCUAUCGCUGCCCCCUCCCCCUUAUCUUCCCCCACCACCCUCUUAAUCCUACCCUCCCUCCUAUCCCUCCUCCGUCAUCUUCUCUGGGCACUGAAGAUCUGCCAUUUCACGCGACAGCCCUUCGGCCUACUAUUGUUCCCUUCCCCCCUUUCUCCCCCUCCCUCUCCUUCCCUUCUCUUCCCCCAUCAUCCUCUCCAUCUUAUCCUCCCCCUUAUCUUUCCUCCCCUACCUUCUCUGGGCACUGAAGAUCUGGCAACUCACGCGACAACCCUUUGGUGGCCAACUUUCGUGUUCGCCAAAAUUGACGUUUGACAGGAGGUGCUUCGAAAUCUCUAUCGCGCGGUUUGACGUUAAAUAGUCAAUAGUCAAUAUAUAUUUUUUGCCCCUACUAAUUCACAGCGUGGUAAAAGAAACUGCUGUGAAACGAGGUUACCACAACAUUUUAUGACAUAGGAGAAAAAAAUGGCGAAAUGGAAUUUUCGAAACCCAGUCCGCCCCAUGUUUCUCGAAGGCAGUGCAACUUUGGAUACCUGAAUCCACCUGAUUUUUAUGGAUGCGAAACUCCAUUUUUCGUUUUCAGAAAGGAUUAACUUAAAUAUUGUUUACUUAUGCUAAUUUACCCUUAUAAAACAACGUGUAAGAACAAAAGGCUUUGACAUGUGAUACUAUAUAAUGUAGGAAAUUAUAUGGUUAUCAGAGAACGUCCGAUUUUUUCUAAUUUUGAUCUGUUUUUCCAUAAAACAGCUCCGAAAUAAAUUCUUCCCUAGUAAAAGGCUUUCUGCACCUCAAUUCAAUUCAACAAGCAAUAAUAAUAAUACCAAAUGUAUGCGAUCUGAUCCUCCCAAAUGCCGACCAUCUACUGCAAUAUAUUCUCAAUCCAGCAGUAGGGAAGUCAGAUUUGAAAGGACAGCCUUUGCCGAAUCCGUGCCCAAGCGACUGGUAGCGAACGCUAGCGAUUGUGUGUGAUCAGGGCAAGCUAGAGAUACACAAAGGUCAAGCUGCCGAUUGCCCCAUCCGCGGACAGUGGUAAAUUCUGUUUUCUGUUCUUGUAUGUCCGCCAGAUUCCGUGGUCACUAUCUUCGCUACCUAUUCGGCGAUCCGAACCACUUCUCCCGCCUCUACGCCUCCUUGGCGCCCCAAUCGGAUGAUGCCCCGCUCACCUGCGACUCAGCUUGGGGUCUCUUUGUUGGUUGGUUACUCUACCGUCUCCUCUACUGUGACUCACAGGAUACAGAGAGCCCACCCCGUGUAGUUUCCCUCCUGACCUCAAGGUUUCCCCCAGACCUUGUCGAUGUUGUUUCGAGUGUGGAUCCCGAUCUUGCACUCCUUCGUCUCAGCCACCGGCUCGAUACACUCAAGGUGAGUUCAUAUGUCUACGCCUUGUCCACACUUUAUCUGCUAACUUUUUGGCAGUUUGUCUUGUUCGAGGCUGUAAGAACGAUAUGCCUAGUCCCGUCUUCCGAGAAAAAUGCGACUGGUUACUAGGCUGUUUUCGACGUCUGAAAUUACUCAAGUAGCCUAUCUCUUCUCGUCUUACGCAUCUGGACGGUAGCUUAAGUUGUUUUUUUUUAGUCCUACGAACCCAGGCAGGGUUGGACCGUUGCGAAUGCAGUGACACACGACUUGGCUAACAGCCUAUACACAUUGGAUGCACUAACUCGUGAAAUGUUAACCGAAAUUCUGAGGUCUGUUUUCAACUCGAAAAGAUUACUUAAGUAGGGUUGUAAUACUAAUUUUCACGCAGUAUAAUCCCUAAAAAAUAUGUCAGUUACGUCAGAAUGUCGGCUUUUAAAAGAACCUUUCGACCGUCUGCUAAACUCACUCUGUAAAAAAGGACUACUUAAGUAACAUGAGUUUUUCUGAUUGAUUUUCAAUGUACUUAUAGAUUAAAAUGUAUCUCAUGGAAACCAUGCAUACAAAUAUUCAUUCUUUUACCUCUCUGGUAGAAAAUUACGUCUUCUUUAAAUUGCCUAUUUGAAGGAAGGGUAUAAUUCGGUUUUAAAAAGGUUUUUAACUAUGAAAUUUUUUAAGACCCGGGGGUGCCCGUUCAUAAAACAUCGUGCCUCUGUAUUUAAUAAUGUUGCUUGUACAGUUUACAAUAUAGCUCAAGUCCACUGGCAAAUUUAUGAAUCCCUGUACGGUCUCCUCUUAAUACCAUAGAGAAAUGUAUAAUUUUCCGUACACGGAAAAUAUAAAGCUUGUAGUUUGGAAACCCCGAAUGCAAGUGUAACGCAAUGUCGGGUUCGACAUUAUUCGAGAAUUGGAAAGGCUUUUUAAAAUCGAAUUAUUUUCUUUCCUCAAAUUCAAAAUCUGAAGAAGACUUAAUCUUCUACCGAAUGAGUAAGAGGGUGAGUAUUUCUACAUGUGGCUUCCAUGAAAUAUAUUUGGAUUUAUAAGGGCAUCGAAAACCAAUUAGAAAAAUUCGCGCUACUUAAGCAGUCAUUUUUUACAGAGUGUAAUUUUCGCAGGCAGCCGGAAAGAAGUUCAUCCAAAAGCCGGCAUCCUGAAGCAACUGAAUUACCAUGAGAUUAUGCUGCACGGUUAUUAGUAGUAUUACAACCCCACUUUAGUAAUUUUUUGAGUCGAAAACAUAUUUCAGAAUUUCGGUUAGCAUUUCAUGAGAUCGGUCACUCACUGCAUACAGCUUGUUGUUUGAAAAGCCCGAACUCAAAUGCAACGGUAAAUUAGGUUAAAAAUUAUUCUGAAAUCAAAAAAAGUUUUUUUUUAAACCAAAUCAUGCUCUUUCUUUGUUGAGUAUAAAUUUCAGAUAGGUAAUUUGUCGCCAAAUGGUUAGAAGGACGGGCAUGGAAAAUCAAUGAGGAAAAGUCGUGCUACUUGAGUAGCUAUUUUUACAGAAUUUAGUUUUUACAGGCGGCCGAAAAGAACCUCGUUCAACUGCCGGCAUCCUGAUAUGACUGGGAUAUCAUGGGAUUCUGCCCCAUAAUCAUGAGCUGUCUUUACGAAUCGAAAACGUGUUUCAGAAUUUCGAUUAACAUUCCAUGAGAUAACCAACCUCCUGUAUUACCAGUGGCUGAAGUCCGAAGUCAUCAAUUACAUCCACUCUCUUGAGUGUGGUCAGCCGAAAAAAACCCGUGACCCGGUCACAUUAAUAUUCAGUAGUCAAACGACCCAGUCGCGAAGCACAUGCGCAGAAAGCGCGUGUUUGUGCACAGCAUUGUGCCGGGUGCGUUAAAACAACCAGCGCGGUUGAGGGAAAGGGACUGGACUGUUAAAGACGAAAGUUAGUCUGACACCUAGGCACAGGACGUCAUACGAACGGGCAUUCUGUAGGCCGUCUAGAUGACCGAAAACUGGAUUUGCGUCGGCUGCUGUGGAAAAGACGAUAAUGGACACUUGUGUUUGUCGUUCAGAGCUCCUUACUGUAAGCAAUACUAUCCCGAUGACCGUUCCUUCGGCUGAGCACCUCUCGAGUUAAAUUUUGUCCCUUUGAAUACCCUUUUUGCGAAAAGUUGUUCCUUUUUUAUGUAUAGGUGUAUUUAAAGUGCGAGGGGGUGGUUGGGUGUAGGGGAAGCUAAGACACAUCAUCUCACCGCAGAGGACGUUCAUAAAUACUCAUGGAUAGAGGGAAAGAGUUGGACCCUUAGGUAGGCAGGCACUUAGCAUUCAUAUAACCCAAUGGACAUCAGGAGCCUCCACUAAAUUUCACCAAUCCAUCGCGUACCGCGCCUUUUCUUCCGCCCAGGCACUCCAGUUAAAAGCAAGCGUCAUCUACGCAUACUCCACUGUGCUGCCACUGGCUUUUUAUAAGUUGUUUUUCGGCCCCACCUUCUCACCUUGCAGUCCUUCCACGAGCGCAUGGCAUACAGAGAGACCGCACACAAGCACCUCCUCUCCCUGGUCGGCGUGCUAUGCGCUCCCCUCGAUUCAAACCUCUUGGCGGAGCUGUCCAAGCAGGAUGUCCGCUCACAACUGCUGCGCGUCUUCGGAGCGGCUGGCACUCUUGUCCAGACCUGUGCCAGCCUCCUCUACCCCUCGCCUGUUCCUUGCCAGACCUCCGCCUUCGAACGUCUAGUUUCCGGCCUCCUGCUUGUACCGCGGCGCCUCUUUGAACAGUCAACAUCAUCACCGUUCGUCUCCGGUCACGGUCGUGUUGCAGCCCAUCCACCGUCCUCCUUGGUGGACACUCUCAGAGAAUGCAUCGGCGAGCACCUGCCUCAAGUAGCCCUCUCCCACCUCUAGAGCUUUGUCCGUUUUGUUAUAUCUCGCCGUUUCCCAUCCCCCGCCUCGAGCCAAAAGACUUUCACGAAUGUAGGACGAGUAUUCGGGUCCCAGGCGCUUGUUGGAGUGAGGAAAAUUGGAGCUGGUCGGGCACUGCAGCUGUCUCAGUACUACAGCGGCUUAAUGGCACGGCUUUAUAACCGAUCACCCGGGUUGUGUAGCAAGUCGGGAAACUGUUGAAGGGUCGUAUACGCCGGUGGGGUGUCCCCAUCAGAUUUUCAAGCGCCUAUCCCUCCAACGCUAGCCUUCCUCUACGCCAAAAUCGUCGAAGUCCUGAUCCGGCCAAGGUGUAGGUAAUAAUGCGGAGGACUAGAUCUACUCACCACACAGCCAUUUUAUGUUCAUAUGUAUGCGACAUCAGCCUUUGCCUGGUAUGACCUAUAUAAUUACAAGGACAGUUGUUGCAUGCACCUUAAGUGCCUCGUGUUCCACGAUCCUUGUGAUCGCUGGUUGACUACGGAAGCUCAAGCAAAUAAACUCAUGGUUCCUGUGCUACUCUAGGUAUUUUCGGUGACACUGGGCUGUAAGUGGUAUGAUUUUGUUCUUUCUGGUCCGACUUCAUCGGCCCUGUUUAGAAAGUCACCAGCGGUUUUUUUGUGACCAUUCCGAGCCCACUCUAACGGAUAGGCCUGCCAUACACUGUCAAGGUCUGUGUUGCAAAGAAUCGAAAAACUCUCCUUGACUUUGGCGUCCGGUGAAAGCGACCACAAACAGAUGACUGCAUAUUGGUUCUCCAGACGGCCAAACAACCACCUGUGGAAGUGUUAGGAAAAAAAGCUAGCAGAGACUGAGACAGCAGCUGUUGUAGGUUUUGGUCACAUCCAACCAGUCAUGCCACCGAGCAACAACUAGUAUGCACAGGGGAUCCGCACUCGCUGACUGACAGCCGAGUGACAAGUCCGAACAGUCGAUUGGUUCAUUUGAAAGAGCGGGGGUAAGGUCGACACUGGGAGCUCCAUCCCCACCGCAGAUCAGUGCGCCUUCCUCGCAAAUAAUGUUUGGCACGCUCGAAACUACCACGACGUUGGUUGAGUGGUUGCCAACUGACGGUAUUACUCGGCCCUCGUAGUCAGAACUGUGUGCCCAUAGAGUAAUUGAAUAGAGGCCUGAGGGAGUCAUGCUCAAUGACUCACUCAAGUAAGCUCUCAGCCGAGCAUGUUUUGGGGGCCCUGUCAUGUAUGUGGCACUCGUAGACCCGGACUGUUUAGCUUUGUCAGUCGUCUCCGGUCAGUCUGGCACCGGCUUUCCAUCGAAGUCAGAUAGGUAAGGGGGGAGAUAGGGUGCGGUAGAUGCUUCGCAAGUCUGUCUCACUACAAUUCACACGGGGGCCACUGUCGUGCGUUCGUCCCGUGGCCGCUCGCACUCGAUGUUCGAACUGCCAUUGCACCGAGUCGACAAGAGGUCUAUUUGUUUUAUUCUGAGUGUCGGGGUUUGGGGGUCACGUCCCCUUCGACGAGACCCGGCCACACAUUCAAGUUCGAUGAGGCCGAAAUUCUCGCGAGAGGGGAUAAUCGUGUGAGCCGCGAGUUGCUUGAGUCAUGGUUCACGGGACCUCAGUCUAUCAACAAGUGCAACGACAGUCCCACUCCAUAUUCCGUGCUGAGGCAUAGGCUGGCCAAGGUAAUUGACCGUCCGGGGAGCGCGCAAGCCGGUAAGCCAGAUGGCCGAGCAAUCAUCACGCCAGCAUCCAACACGGGUGAUGACAUUUCGGCAAUUAACAACUUGCAUGUCGGCCAUCAAGCAAUAAGCGCACCAGCGGGCACUCAUCCUUGAUUAAGGGGAGCGCAGUGAAUUGCUAUAGGUAUGCGGUAGCAUAGCGACUGCAUCCUAUAAAUACUGCGACUUCUUGUGCACGAGUCACCCUUUUCUGCCACUGUCUCUGAUGAUGGAUUCAAGUGAGAAUCCGAAACGUCAGGCGAAUAAAUCCCUUGUUCCAACGAUAGCUUCUUUUUCUUCUGAUCAAGAGAUCUAUAUGUUUUAUUCUCAGCGUCCGGGUUAGGUGGUAACCCUCACCGCCAUGACAGCCACUUGUCAGGAUUGCAUCAUAUCUACUACCUACUUUCAGCCUUGUGAUUCGAACGUCGGCUCUUUCCCGUUCAUUUUUUGCCUUCAACUUGCUUUCAUGUUAAUUUUUCAUACCAACCUCGACAGUUUCUUGGCGGAUUCGCCCAGCUGGGCUACGAAAAGGACUCCUACCUGGUUCGAUUGCUGCGCGACUUACUGCUCUUCGCCUACAGACAAAUCGGCGUGUCCUGGUUGGCGGUGAGUUUUAUGCGACCGCAUGUGUACCCUGGCAAUCUCCCAUCAGACUCUUGUAGAGUUUUGUGUUUCGCUUGUUCACACAACCGUCUACGUGUUGCAGCGUCUUUCCAGCUGCGGCCUCUUCUGAGAACCUUAUUUUUGCUAGGCACUCCUCACACUGGGAGAGCGGAUUCCCUGUCUCGCCACCCUGGAUAGGAAGCCCCGUUAUAAAGAUGGCCUUGUGCCAAAUCCCAGCUACUACGAUAGAUGUGCUAUCUAAUGAAAUGCUAGUUUAGACUCUGAAAUGCGUUUCUGGCUUUAAAAGACUACUUACAGUAGGUGGGCCAACUCAUGAGAUGUCAACAGGACUUCCAAAGGGCGUUUUCGUUUCGAAAAGAUUAAUUAAGCAGGGUUGUAAAACCAAACAUCAUAGAGCAUAAUUUUAGGAUAAUUCAAUUACUCCAGGACACCGGCUUUCGAAUGAACUUCCUUUCGGCCGCUUCCAAAAAUCAGGCUUCGUAAAAAAUGGCUACUUAAGUAGCAUGCACUUUUUUCAUUGCCUUUCGAUGCUCCUAAAAGUCCAAUUAUAUUUCGUGGAAAACAUGCAUAAAAAUAUUCAUUCUUUUGCGCAUUCGGUAGAUAAUUACGUCUUCUUCCAAUCUUAUACCCGAAGGACGGACAUACUUCGACUUUAAAAAAGUUAAUUAUUGUGGGACUUUUAAAUACCGUGACAUAGCCGUUCAUAAAAUGUCAUGUCUCUACAUUUACCAAUGUGGCUCAAAUCCACUGCUUUAUUUUAUGCACCCUAUAUGGUCCCCCUUUAUUACCGUAGAGAAAUGUAUGGUUUUCCGUACGCGGAAAUUACACGGCUUGUAGUUUGGGAACCCUGAAUGCACGUUUAACGGCAGAGCGGGUUCAAAAUUAUUCUGGAAUCGGAAAAGUUUUAUAAAACCAAAUUAUACCCUUCCUUCGAGUGUAAAAUUAAAAGAAGACGUAAUUUUUUACUGAAUGAGCAAAGGUAUGACUAUUUUGAUGCAUGCUUUCCAUUAAAUGUAAUUGAAUCUUUAAGGGCAUCGAAAAUCAAUGGAAAUAAUGCAAGGUGCAUAAGUGGUCAUUUUUUACGGAGUAUGGUUUUUGGAUGAAGCCAAAGAAGGCGUUUUUUCGUAUACCGGCGUCCUGAGGUAACGGAAUUAUUAUAGAAUUAUGCUGCACGAUGAUUGGUUUUACAACCCUGCUUAAUUAAUCUUUUCGAAACGAAAACGCAUACCGGAAUUUCUGUUGAGAUUUCAUGAGUUAACUCACUUACUGCAAGUAGGCCAGGAGUAUUAUUUAUCGCACAGCAUAAUCCUAAGAUCCUGGGAUGCUACGGAAGUAGUACGAAUUUUUCCCGUCCACUUUCGACUUCCUCAUAAAUUCAAACAUAUUUCAUAGAAAGCAGGCACAAAAAUAUUCUUUCUUGUACUCCACUGCUAGCAAACUACAUCUUCUCCGAACUUUGUACUUGAACAAAGGCCAUCUUUCGGUCCUAAAAAGUUGCUGAUUGUGAGAUUUUUAAGACCGCGAAAUAUCGGAUCAUACAGCAUUGCAUCAGCACGUUACGGUAAGGGUCGGCUGCGCUGUCCUGGUCCCAAGUGUAAGCACAAUGUGGGCAUUGAAAGUAAGCUGGAUGCUGGAUGAAACGAAAAAGGCAAUCUGCCACGAGAUUGAAGGAAGCCUAGAAUCCCCGAAAAAGCCCUAGUUGACAGGACACGCGGGACAGAAAUACUCCAAACCCAACGGUAAACCUCUACGUAACCUCAAAAGUAAACCUAGUCCUUGAUGUAACUAUAUACCUAACGCCAACCCUAAACUUAACACUAAACCUCACCCUAUACCUACCACAAACUCUAGCCUUAAACCUAACCUUAACCCUGACCCAAAUCCUAACCGUAACCCUAACCCAACCCUAACACUAAACAUAAACCUAAAUCGAAAUCCAAACCCUAACUCUAGCCAGAACCCUUAAACCUAACACGAGCCUUUACCCUAAACUCGAUUCCCAGCCUGACACUAACCCAAACUCAUAUUGACCCAACUGUGAAAGACUCGGCGCCUCGGUGGGAUUCGAAACCAGGCAGUAAGGGAAAGGCUUUAGUACAGCCAACGCUCUAACCAGUUGAGCUACGAGGCCCCGCCGGACGACGCCAGUUUAAUCACAUUUGGGUCAAGUUACCCGCCCAACCUACUGCAACGUGUGGAAUCCACCAAAUCUGAUUCAGUAAGUUGACUGCCCAAGCAGGAUUUCCUAGGUAAUUCACCUAGAAUCUACCAGAUGACUACCAGGCUCACGUAAUUCAUAGACGUUUUGGCGGAUUUUGGAAUGAUUCAUAUUGAUUGUUAAUUCAUUAAUUAUCUCAUUAUUAAUUUCAUUAUUAAUUGACAUUGACUAAACUCGCGUCGUCCGGCGGGACCUCGUAGUUCAAGUGGUUAGAGCGUUGGCUGUACUAAUGCCUUCCCCUCACUGCGCGGGUUCGAAUCCCACCAAGGCGCCGAGUUUUUCACGGUUGGGUCAAUAUGAAUUAUUCAAAAUCUGCCAAAACGUCUAUAACUAACCCAAACCCUAAAACUAACUCUACCAUUAAACCGAAACAGCAGGUUGCCCUUUUCCGUUUUAGCUCUGGCAACUUUCUCACUAACGAUUUCAGCACCCACCCUCGGCUUACUUUACUUUCAAUGCCCACAUUGCGCUUACACUUGAGACCAGGACAGUGUAACCGACCCCUUACCUUAAUUUUGGUUAUUGAGUGGACAGCAAGAUCCACAUCCGUCGCAAAAUUUUAUAAUCCCUGUAUGAAACCUUAAUAGCUCCUAGUAAUAUAGGAUUUUCCGGCUAGAUCGCAGUUGGUAGCCAGGCUCCGUAUUACAGGUGGGGGGAAGGGUUGUUUCCUGGGACUAUUUUUUUGGAGCUCCGUAAUCACAUUUGACCCAUUUGGCUUCCGUUUUACGUUUGAGGUUAGGAUUAGGGUACCGGUUGGUGGUUUUCGAUUUUCGAGUUAGGGUUAUGCCUUUAGGCUAAGGUUUUCGCGUUAUUGUUAGGGUUUGAGCGUACGAAUAGGCUUCAGUAUUACGGUUAGGUUUUUCAGUUACGGCUAUUUCUAAGGGCUACGGUUACGUUUACGAUUUCGGUGAGGGUUAAGGUCGCCGUCCGCUUCCCCAUUCCUGGCUACCAACUGCGAUCCAGCCGAUUUUCCUUACACGUGAAAAUAUACGGCUUGUAGUUUGAAAACCCUGAAUGCUAGCGUAAAGGCAGGUCGGGCUCAAAAUCAUUCGGGAGUCUUAAAAGGUUUUUAAAAACCGAAUGAUACUGUAUUUUCAAGUACAAAACUUGGAGAGGACGUAAUUUCCUAUCAGCAGAGUCGAGGAGAGAUUUUCCCUGCGUGUUCUCUAUAAAAUAUGCUUGACUUUAUAGGGGUUUCCUAAUACAUAGGAAAGUAUCAUACUACUUAAGUAGUCCCUUUUUGCAGCAUGGGUCAUGUUGUUUCCUCCGCAUGCACGCCUCUUUUUAUCCUUACAGUCGGCCGUACUCGUCAGUCCAACCGCUGCUUUUCGAGCUCAUGUCCUGCGUGUGUUGUCGGAAGACGUCGUGGACCUCGUUAAAGGCGACAGCGAUACGUCUGCGACCUCAGGACAGCAGUCCGCACGGGCUACCGGACAGCUCUCCGUAGAACGCGCCCGCAAAUUGUGUGACGGUGUAAGUCCCUCUCUCCCUCGCCCAGCCCUCAUAGCUACUCAUGGCCCCUCCGAGGCCAAAAGCAACAAUAGACAGUCAUUUUCACUGUGGUUUCAAGGUCCUUUCUGUUCAAUGAAGGGAGUCCCUUUCUCGAGAACAUUCGUCGUCUUCACGUCAUUUUUGAUCAAGGCCAAAAUAGGAGGUUAUAACUCGCUGCUCUACGCGUAACACGUGGUAGUUUUUUUAUCGUUCUGUUAAGUGCAAUUUCCUGUAAGCCAUCAAGUCGAAACUAAUACUUACAGAGCGUUGUUCUUAUCCUCCGACGAGAUAACUCGGAGAUACCUGUAGACGCAGGAGGCUUGCCUGAUGUGCCUGGUUUCAGUCGACGCGUGUCGUUACGUGUUUUCCCAGAACAUGCACACAACCACCGCCCCUUUUCGAUGGCAUCCACCUGACCAGACUUCAGGUGUUUGCAGGAAAGGUAUUCAUGUUUGUCUGACUCGCGAGGAACACUGACGAUCUAGUGGCAUUUGGGAGUGGUUAUGUCCUUUAACGCCUUUUGCUCUUUUGGUUUCGACGAUUUCGCCCACAGCUUUCGCUGAGAAUCGGUUUGCCGACUGUUUUUGAGUGAAAAUCUCCUCUCCGUAGCCUGUAGCUACAGUGAGUGACCGAUCUCAUGAAAUGUUGGCUGAAAUUCUGAAAUGCGUUUUCGAUUAGGAAGGAUUACUUGGUCGCGGUUGUGAUACUGAUUAUCUUAAGGCACACUGUUACAACAUUUUGGACUUGGCAGGAUGUCGGAUUUUAAAUGCACUUCUUUUCGAUCUCCUGUAGAAAGCGUGCUUGGUAAAAAAUGACUACUUAAGCCGCAUGCAUUUUUCCCUUCAAUUUUCGAUGGUUUUGGAAAUUUAAAUAUAUUUUAUAGAAACCAUAAACAAAAAUAUGCUUUCUUUUAGUCAAUCAAUAGAGAAUCACGUCUUCUUUAUAUUUUAUACUUAAGGAAGGAGUAUAAUUAGGUCUUUAAAAAGUUUCUAAUUAUGAGACUUUUUAAGACCGCGAAAUGUCCAUUCACAUAGCAUCGUACCUGGCCGUUUACCACUGCUUCUUAUGAAAUGUACAACAUGGUCCGCAUCCAUUGCAAAAUUUUAUGAACUCUGUAUGAUAUCUCUUUAAUGGCAUAGAAAAGUAUGUGAUUUUCUUUACGCGGAACGCAUGCACCUUGUAGAGUGAAAUCACUAAGCGCUAAUGCAACGAAUGAUCAGGCUCCAAAUUAUUCGGCAAUUAGAAAACUUUUUAAAACCUAAUUAUACUCCUUCCUUAAGUAUAAAAUAUAAAGAAGACGUGAUUCUCUAUUGAUUGACUAAAAGAAAGCAUAUUUAUGUUUAUGGUUUCUAUAAAAUAUAUUUGAAUUUCCAAGACCAUCGAAAAUCAAUGGGAAAAAUGCAUGCUACUUAAGUAGACAUUUUUUAUCGAGCAGGCUGUUUACAGGAGAUUGAAAAGAAGUGCAUUCAAAAUCCGAAAUCCUGCCCAGUCCGAAAUGUUAUAAGAGUACGCCUUACAAUAAUCAUUAUUACAACCGCGACCAAGUAAUCCAUCCUAAUCGAAAAUGCAUUUCAAAAUUUCAGCCAACAUUUCACGAGAUCGGUCACUCACUGUAUUUGGUAGCAUGGCGACUGCAUUCUAUAAAUACUUAAGCCCCUUGUACGUGAAUCACCUGUAUCUGCUGUUGUCUCUGAUGAUGUAUUCGAGCAGGAAUCCGAAACGUCAGGCUAAUAAAGUUCUUGUCCCAGCGAUCGUGUCUCCUUCUUCAAUACUGUUGUCCGUCUUGAAACCAAGUUUUUAAUACUCGCUUUAUGAAGGAUGGUUCGAAGCACUGUUUUCCCGGACCAAAUUUGGUCAGGACAAAGUCGACGAAGAAAACAGGUUUCGUUGCUCCAAUCUCAGUUUGUUUGGGCGAGGUUUGGUCCUGCAGCCCCACCUGAUUGAUACCAUAUGGAUAGCUUUUUAAAAAAUACUUUUAGUUAACAUACCAAUCUAAGCCACUCACUGGAUUAGGAAAGGGAGGAGAGUGCAGGCAGAGCUCAAAGCAUACGCAAGGGAGCGCGUGUGAGUCGAGGCUUGGUGUAAUUGAAGGUGGCGUGCAUACAUUCUCCCCGCGACACAGCCACUCGUUCGAGAAAAAGGAUACGGAGAACGAAAUCAAAACUGGAAUGCCACGGAGGGAGCCGCGUGUCAGUUCGCACUAAAUGGCCCGUAUAGUAGGACCGACGGAGUCCCAAUCCGUCCGAAUAGUGCUAUUGGCAAAUCUACCUGGCCACUCGCUGGAGUAGGAUAACAACGAGGUCACUCACUGUACAUCCUGUCAACGUGGCCACGUCUCCAGAGUUGGGCGCUCAGAAUACCAGCCUCUGUCUGGGCGCCAGACCCAGGAGGGUGAGGGAUGGGAGGGUGCGGUAGACGCCGCGCAAGUCACCAAUCCUACAUCCACUAUACUGUUAACACACGACGGACAUCGUCGUUCGCGACGGUCGGGGUGACUGGUUCGAGGAUUGAGAGUCAGGCCCAGUGGCUCCUUCUUAAGGUGGCCUCCAUGGCAGUCGGACGGGCGUGGGACCAUAGCCGCUCCUUCUGUGUGUGGUCCUGUCAUGCAUGGCACGCUUAGACGGACUCGCUUACAGUCGCCCUGCCACCGAUACCUAGACAGACGAGGUAGGGGAGAGAGCGCGACAGAUGUUGUGCAAGUCUGCUAUCGCUACAAAACUAACUCACACGCAAAUGGCUGUUCUGUGCCCACCAUGAUGUAGUGCACACAGCAGAUAUCGUCGUAUGCGUGUGCCGAACUGUCAUAGCUUUCCAACCGCCUAGAUGGCGUUAAAAAUUCGGACUGCCUGCCUCCAGCGCCCGUUAGGCUCUAUUCCCCCGCGGGAGGGCGGAUCGUGUGUGGCACGCGUAGACAGCCCUUUAAUUUUGUCAUCCAUCGCCCUCACUCACCUCCGGUCGUCUUGACAUGGUCUUGCCAUCGGAACAAGGUGUGGGAGGGACGAGUAGGUGCGGUAGACGCUGUGAAAGUUCGUUCCAUUUUUAGCUUAUUCACGCGUAAGUCACCGGCGCUGUAAGGUGGGUGGGGGAAGAGCAGGUGCGGUAGAUGCUGCGAAAGUCCACGUAUAAGUCACCGGCGCGGCGCCCACUUCAUAAGGCAGGCAGUGGACGUCGUCACUUGCGACGCUCGAACUGUCUUCCAGAAGGUUCAACUUGGGACGGUACGCAGCGGAAACAUUCUCAUCAUUUCCAAACGGAUCCCUUUGGUUUGCGCGUUUGAUCCGCUUCUGGGCACAAAGUCACCUUCAGACCCCUCUUGUCUUUUUAGUGGCUUGAAUUUCUACGCCUUAUGACCGAGGGCACACAAACUCCAAGUCAACGUCUAAGGUAAGCCAACUAACUAACCCCUCCUUCUCCCACCACGACCCCACCCACCCACCCUCACGCCUUUUUGUUGCUCCUGUCCACACUUGACGCACUCAAAAUCGGCCUUUAGUUCGAUGUUUGAGCAGUCAGUUUAAAUUAUUCAGUAUUUAUUCCUAUUUCCUCCUGACAUAUCUAGUCUCCCUGGUCUUUGCUCGUAAGCCAUCAAUUUCGAAAGCCCCACUUCCAAAGACUGUACUUAACCCAUUUUGCCCGAUCGUGCAUGCGCAUUUGCAGAUCUGAUGUUGUCUGGCCUUCUACCGAAAAUAUCAUGGGUUUUGUAGAAUUCUUGAUUAAUUGAGUCACGUGUAUAAGCCAAAACAGAUUUCUGUGUAUAUACGGUACUAUUGAUAGAAUAAGGUAAUAAUAAAGAACGUACAAACCUUAGCAAUGGAUACCCUAGACAAAGAAUUCCUUUGUUACUGUUCGAGCGAAUCGAAUUCCCAACUCAAGGUCAGAAUACAAAAACUAGUUAAUCAAAAGAACGCUGAUCACGCUCGAAAGAGGGUUACAAAAAGGGGGGAGGGGGAUGUCAACAGGGGUCAAAUGUGGAAGCACUUGCGAGGAGGGCGUGGAGAAUUCCAAGCGUUGACCAGCUGGAUGCAACAGGUUUUGUGUUUGUACUGUUGACCGUUCUUUGCUGUUUCUGAGUCAGCUGGGUGCAUUUAGAGUUGAGGAUUAAAUGUGUAAGCCCAUUGAGAAAAUAAGCACAGGGACUCCCCUAAUUUGAGAAGAAUGUUAACAUUGAUUUUAUCAGUAGGGUUCAUGGACGCGGCACUUAACGGAAUCUGUAGAGGACAUUGAGAAGACUCUCAUUUCUGCCUUUUGCUUGUCUUAUUACUAACGAGGUACCGGCACAGAGCGUACAAUUUUAAUGAUAAUUAGGGACGUGCAAACAGACGAGAAACAGUUACUCCGAAGUUAUUGGUUAAAAAAGGCCAUAUUGGAUGGGCGGUAUGCUACAGGCAAUAUAAACUCUAAUAAUUAAUCCAACCCUAAACUUAACCCCCACCUUAACCCUAGGUGUGAUCAUUUCCCCAAGUUGAGCCGCAACUUCAGCCUAGCGUGCCUACUUAAAUCAAAUAAGUAGGUGUGUUAUAGUAAUAACAACUCGAGAUCGCGUAAUGAUUACGCGUUCAAGCAAUCCUCUUUUUCUCGUUUAUCCACUGCAAAUUCACUCGUAUCCAGUGUUGUUUGUACCCACUUUUCUGAAAAAUUCAGUUGAACCUUAUCUGUGACCGCUGCAUGAAGAUGCACGUUUUUGUCGUGGACGUUGUGUCCUCGUCCCGGCAAAAUGAUCCGGGGUUUAAACAGUCAUCUGUGCGGUUUCGUUCGUUUGUCUCUUCACCCGCAUAGAGUCCGGCAUUAUUUCCAAGCCAUACCUAACUGUAUAAAUAUUCGGCCGCCUCUCAAACUUUCGCAAUCUUGCUGGUGGUGCUUUGAUUCUAGAUUCCGACUGCUCCCCGCAUAAUCAUCGACCCUAAGUCUUGCGUAAACAAAUACAGGUGUCCCUAGUUGGUAAUCUGAGAACGUAGAUCUCUUUGGAACCUAGGCAACCUAUACAUCAUGCGGCAUGAACGUCCAAAAAUUGAGGAGAAAAUUACACGGUUUACCGAUGUAGUCGGCCCUGUGCUGAUGGGAUAUUUGACUGACCUUCCUACCACAGCCGUUUAUAGCAGCCUGACGGACGCAAUAACUGUGACUUGAUUGCUCACCGCGUUGGCAAGCGGCUUCGGUCUGUUGACAGACAGCUUGGUCUGAUGAUACAGCGGCUUCCUGGUUCACUACUCUAAGAUCACGGCAACCGUCCUGUCCUGUUUUGUGUGAAGCUAAUGUCAUCAGAAGUAGGUCGGUGUGUCCGUGGACUGAACCGAUAUCUAAAAACCACUCCUCUAAUGUGACAUGCACCAUCCUUGGCGUGAGUUAACGUCUAGAGCCCUGUUCGCUUGCAUAGGCACAUCUGCAGCCUUCAUCCGCUCCCCCCGAAAUAAUCGCAGUCGUCAUCAUUACAAAGGAUCUCAUUGACAACCUUCGAUGUGUAAUUUGGAGAUCUUGAUUUGUCUAUGCGGAUUACGAUACACGUACAGGCUAAAGCCCUCUCAGGACCUUUUUUUAGUGAGUGGCUGCCUAUAUUUUUUUGGUUGGCGUCGCCUUUGUCUGGUGAGCGUUUUUAUUGACAAAAUUGCUCGGACACGCGUUUACUCUAAGGGGUUUUCUUGGCUAUGGUGCUUAAACUCUUUCGCCGUUUGGAACGUUACAGUUAUUUCAACCCUUGUGAGCGUGUGGACAUGACUGCGUCUUUCUGUCGCGUUAGUUAUCUUCUUGCAUGGUUGACUCUGACGUCUUCAGUCAACCACUCUCCAUUCCCCGGCCACGAGGACCUGAGAUUUCAACCUGUCUUUCGUUUUAAAUCAGGUCCGAUCACCCUCGCCUGACUUUGAUUGCCCUGUGCCCGUCCCAUCGCUGUCCACGUUUUUUCGGCCUCGAAGCCACUAGUAAGAUUAUGACUGGAAGUACGCCUGACUUCUCACACUGAGAAUAACGUACCCAAGAAUGUCGAUGUAUUAUGCGGAACUACCUAAACAAAAUAAGUAGCAAUAAAUUCGCAAAUAUUUUCAGUAUGGGCCUGUGUAAACCCACCUACCGAGGUCUCUCCCAUGGCUUUUGUCUCACCUAGGGAUUCACCCUAUCUGCUGUUUCCCCUCGCCUCUUUCCUGGGAUCGCCAGCCCUCUCUGACAUGAGUCGCCUUCGAACCCGUUGCAGCGCUGCCUUUGAGCUCUUUGUCGCUGACUGGAAUGGCGGUUGUGAUGAGGAAACCAGGUAAGAGACCAAGUACAAGCCCAUGGUAUGUGGGCUCUUAAGUAGUUCUACUCAUCAGCCUUGUACUCCUGUCUUUUUUAGGAAACUCAUUCCUGGCGUUAUUCGGCAGGUUCUGCGCACGGCCAGCCAGGACAUGAGGGCCGUGUUCACCUCCGGUCUGCAGUCCUGUGCUGGUAUCUUUCAAAGCUAG